AUGGUAUUUGCCUUUCCCCAAUUGGCAUGGACGCCUCUAGAUCACGCAGAACUCUUUGCUGGGAAGAUGGCAGUGAGUCUGGCCGAGAUGGAGGAGAGCCGAAGAUGUGCAUCGUUGGACCUGGAGUACGGUGGUGAAUGCAUGGACUUUAUGACAAACAAGGGCUUCGUUCAUGCUGUAUACACAGUUCUCCGCUUAUCGCCAGGAUCUUCUCUUACCCUCGCACCUGUGUGUUCGACGUGGGUAUGGAUGUCUCGUGGCAGCACAAAACGGAGCAAGGCCCUGCCAUUGGGUGAUGACAGCGCACCAAGCGUGGCGCUGGGAAACACGAUGGUGGCGCGAUGCGCUUUACUGUUGUUUCUUGCGGCUGCCAGGGGCAUAUGGUUUGUUUUGGAGCAACCACGUGGUUCAUUGCUAGAGUACCACCCAGCCAUGCAGCGGGUUCUCAAACUUGUCAGAGUAUGGCGCAAACAUGUUCGUAUGGGUGAUUUUGCUGCGCCUACCGAGAAGGGCACUUGGCUCUACAGCAGUCGACCAGAGAUCGAAGAGUUGCACAAGUUCAAACCCAAGUGCCUGCCAGCCCCGCAGGAGGAGGUUCAGCUUGUUGAUCACUAUGUUGACAGUCGCGGCCAGAAGAGAGUGAAGGGGAAUCGUGCCCUCAAAAAGUCUCAAGCCUAUACGAUACAGUUUGGAAGGGCCCUGGCUCGCUUGAGAUCCCGGCACAUUGCCAGCGUCCGCAGGGAAGCUCGACAGUUCCUGCGGUCAGCUGCAAAGGGUGAUGCAAAACCCUUCGUGGUCACCAAAGAUAUGGCCUUUUGGUGCAAACAUGCAAACCUCGACCCUGUUUUCGAGUUUCUUGCAUAA